AUGACCUUCGUGGUACUAAUUCGUCGGGAACAUCGUUUCAAAAUAUUUUGGCCAUACCGUAGUUUGGAGAUGUUUUCUCUUACGAGUGAUUUAAAAUAUUGUGUAGGUCGGGAAGGAAAAGUGGCUUCCAAUCUCCAGUUUCCAAUUUUUAUUAUAACUAGAGAUAGAGUAAAUAGCCUACGUCGCGCCAUUAGUUCAUACAAAAGACUUUCUACUCCAUGGCAUUUAAUUAUUUGUGACCAUAAUUCUACGUAUCCACCCAUGGUGGCCUAUCUUGACGAAUUAAAGCAUCGUGGCGUUACCAUUUUUCAUAUUCGUUCUUCGGCUUGGUCGGAAGUCAUAAAGGACAUACGUAGUUACAUUCAGCAGUACUUAGCAUUUCACCCUGAUUUCAAGUACUAUGUAGUCACAGAUCCUGACAUUGGUCUUAAUAUUUCUGCUCCUGACAUCAUGCUGUUUUUUGCUGGAGUACUUGAGACUUGUCCAGGGGUUAAUGUCGUGGGUCCUGCGCUUCAAAUAACGAAUAUCCCAGACUAUUAUCGGAUGAAACAGAAAGUUAUUACCCAUGAAUCAAAGUUCUGGAGAUCUGUACCAUCUAUGGCAACUUGGAAAGGAAAUUCUUAUCACCUGGCCAUUCAACCAAUCGAUACAACUUUUGCAAUGAGAAGAAGGACAACAGCAUUCGUGCCUUUACAUGAUGGAACGAUCAGAACUUACGCACCCUACAUGGCAAUACAUCUUGACUGGUAUUUGAAUAGUUCAGAUCCAGGAGAUGACUAUCGUUGGUACAUAAGGCACCAAUCUGGUAUUAACCAUUGGCGCUGA